UGCUUUGUUGUGGUUGGAGUGAAAACCCACUACAGGAAGGCAUUACAUCACCAUGACCAUUGUUUGGGUAGCCCAGGGAUUAUACGAAUUCAACAGGCAAGGGAUUCUCAUUAAUGUGCCCUGAAGAAUUCCCAAGUACACGCACCCCAUACACACCAGGAGAUAUAUUCUGGAGCACGAGGGGAGAAGCACAUUAAGACAAACGCGUUUCGACAGUCACCGAUGCUGAGAACUGGGCCCAAAGGAAAAGCAGUCACGCGGAGGUCCUGAAGGCCGCACACGCGCAAUGGGAAUUCUUGUCACUUCGAUCACAAACGACUCCGUCAUGAGACCAGCGGGAUUUUAUAUCGUCGGAUUUACGUUUUUAAAGUUUACUCAUUUAUAUUUCAUUUUCCUCACUGUUGUUUAUAUUGUAACGGUUUUGUUCAACUCAUUUAUCCUUUCCAUUAUAUUGAUAGAUCAUCGCCUACACACUCCAAAAUACAUUGCGGUGGCUAAUCUCGCGAUUGUCGACUUGGUGCUGAGUACAACUAUUAUUCCAAGUAUGAUCAAGAUGUUUCUCGCAAAAGAUAACUUUAUUUCCUACAACGCAUGUUUGAUUCAGAUGUUUUUUUAUUACUGUUUCGUCUCAUUAGAGUCGUUUUCCCUCAGUGUACUUGCCUAUGACAGGUUAAUUGCGAUAUGUUUCCCACUGAGACAGAGCUCUAUCAACACAAUCCCCGUCAUGAUCAGUAUUUUAGUCACCGUUUGGUCAUUUUGUGUGAGUGUUGUUGUGUUCUCGGUCACAAUCAUGACCAGGCUGUCAUUCUGUAAUGCGGUCAACGUGCAGAGCUACUUCUGUGACUACACCCCGGUGUACAGGCUGUCUUGCAAUGAUAACCGUUUGCAGUGGGCCGCUGCCUCGUCUCUGAGUUUACUCAUUGUGUUCGUGCCCCUUAGUUUAACCAGCGUCUCAUACGGUUGUAUUUUGGCAGCCGUGUUUAGAAUGAAAACUGUGGAGAGCAGGUACAAAGCACUUGCAACGUGCACAGAACAUCUAGUUCUAGUGGCGAUUUUCUAUGUUCCACUUGUAACGGUGUUCAUAAUUGAAUUUUUCUUAUUCCGCCUCAAUCCGGAUGUCAGAAUGCUGAACUAUUCGUUAGCCUCGUGCAUCCCGUCCUGUCUGAACCCCAUUGUGUAUUCCCUGGCAACUAAAGAAAUCAGGAACAGAAUAUUGGCUAUGCUCCAGAAAAUCAAGGUAGCAGCGUGGACAGGGCAAGCGUAGAGCCAAAAGUU